CUGGACCUAAACACAGUAGACAGACUCCUCUCUCUGUCUGAGGAGAACAGAAAGGUGACAUGUAGGAGAGAGGAGCAGCCGUAUCCUGAUCACCCAGAGAGAUUUGAGGGCUGGAAACAGGUGCUGUGUAGAGAGGGUCUGACUGGGCGCUGUUACUGGGAGGUAGAGUGGAGUGGGGAAUGGGCUGAUAUAGGAGUGACAUAUAAAGGAAUCAGCAGGAGAGGAAAGGGUUAUGACUGUGGGCUUGGAUACAAUGACAAGUCCUGGAGUCUGACCUGCUCUGACAAAACUUUCACUGCCUGGCACAAUGAUAAUCUCACCACCAUAGACGUCCCSCCCUCCAGCUCCCACAGAGUAGGAGUGUUUCUGGACUGGCCAGCCGGCACUCUGUCCUUCUAUAGAGCCUCCUCUGACACACUGACCCACCUUUACACAUUACACACCACAUUCACUGAGCCCCUCUAUCCAGGGUUUAGGAUUCAUGAUGACUCCUCAGUGUCCCUGUGUCAGGUGGUUCCUGUGUCAAACACAACAUGAUGUUUCACUCUAAUCAGGGUCAUGUUCAGUAAGACAAACUGGAGCAACAAUGUAGAAUAUCUCUCUAGUGUGUUAACCCCUCUAUCCAGGGUGUUUGGUAUGAAUAUCUCUCUAGUGUGUUAACCCCUC